AUGACGAAUCCUAGCCCUAACCCUAGGAGCCAUCAUCAUCGUCCGGAGACCUCCUUCCAAAUCAAGCAAGAUGGCAAGUUCUUCUCUCGGCUCUUGUCUAGGGAAAGCUCCGCCGCCAACACCUCCUCCCGCCUCCCCUACUACGGCGGGGCCGCCCGCUCGGUGCCCUUCACGUGGGAGUCCCAGCCAGGGACGCCGAAGCACGCCUUCUCCGGCGCCUCUCCCCUCCCCCCACUCACGCCUCCUCCUUCCAGCUCCGCCCCUGUGCUCACCGGUCCCAGCUCCUCCUCCUCCUCGCAGUGCCGUUGUCGCAAGCGGAACGUGUCCAUGAGCGCCGUGUUCUCGAGGCUCGCCUCGAAAAGAUCCCACCGCGCAACGCCGUCGUCGUCGUCGUCGGUUUCUUCAGGGUCGACAUCGUCGCCGUCGUGGUCGUCUUAUAAUUCUUCCCCAUCCACUUCGAGGUUCCGCAUCCAUCGCCAGUUUAUCUCAUGUUCGGGGUCUUCCACGCGUUACGGGUCGAGCUGCUACAAUGAAGAGAUCGGCGACGAGAAAGAAGACGGCUAUGGAUCUCCGGAUUCCACCCUGAGCUUCGGGGAGAGUAGGAAAUAUUCGAACAAGUUCAGGGGUUGCUAUUCGAUGGGGAACGUGAAAAAGAGGUUCUUGUCCAUUUUAGGGCAUAGACGAGGUACUUAUUGA